AUAACUACUCAACUCGGAGCCUGAGAGCGCACGGUGGCAGUUGUUGGCAAGAAGGAACUGGUCUGGUCACACUUACUAGGCUUGUGCAACUGACUCUCCAGAGAGACACUCGGUGACCACCCGGCUUCGAAUCCCGACUCACAUCGAAAGGCUUCUCCCAGUGUACAACUUGAAGCCCAUCCUCAGUGCUUGGAAUCCAACAGCGCCCAGAGCAGGAUCCGUUGGCCUUCCAGGUUUUCGACUCCAGCGGUCACCCAACAAUGGCCUCCAUGGGGCUGCAGGUGAUGGGCAUCGCCCUGGCGGUGCUGGGCUGGCUGGGGGCCAUUCUGAGCUGCUCGCUGCCCAUGUGGCGCGUGACGGCCUUCAUCGGCAGCAACAUCGUCACGUCGCAGACCAUCUGGGAGGGCCUGUGGAUGAACUGCGUGGUGCAGAGCACCGGCCAGAUGCAGUGCAAGAUGUACGACUCCCUGCUGGCGCUGCCGCAGGACCUGCAGGCCGCCCGCGCCCUCAUCGUCGUCUGCAUCAUCGUGGCCGCGGUGGGCGUGCUGCUGUCCGUGGUGGGAGGCAAGUGCACCAACUGCGUGGAGGACGAGACCGCCAAGGCAAAGAUCAUGAUCGGGGCAGGCGCGGUUUUCCUGCUGGCCGGGCUGCUGGUGAUGGUGCCUGUGUCCUGGACGGCGCACAACGUCAUCCGCGACUUCUACAACCCGCUGGUGGCCUCGGGGCAGAAGAGGGAGAUGGGCGCUGCGCUCUACGUGGGCUGGGCUGCCUCUGGCCUGCUGCUGCUCGGCGGGGCUCUCCUCUGCUGCAACUGCCCCCCUCGCACCGACAAGCCCUACUCUGCCAAGUACUCUGCUGCCCGCUCGGCUCCCGCCAGCAACUACGUGUAAGGUGCCGCUGCUCGGCUCGUCUCGCCUCUUCGGCUUUGUUUUCUCCGCGCCGGGCUCAGUGCCGCCUGACUCCAGAGGGGCCCUGGCACGCGCUGCGGGCUGUUGGCUGCUGGGGGCUGGGUAAGCAGGAGCUAAGCUAAGCUAAGUGGCUAGCUGGCAGCCCUCGGCCCCCUCCAGCCCUCUCGGACACCUGCUUGCAGCCCGUUCUCACCAGCAAGGAUGGAUGUCGCGACUGCAGCGCCACCCUCCUCCGAAUGCCCCUUAGACAGGGAGAUGGCAGAAGCAACUGGGUGGCAAGGGAGUGGGGAGCUGGCUCCUGCUGGCCAGGACAGCUCAGCCCUGACUUUGAGCUCUGCCUCUGAGUGGGUGCCUUGGUCGUGCUGGGGUUGGACACUGUCCCCUUGUGAAUCUUCUCCACUCCUUCUGACACCUCCCCGCGACUCCAGCUCUUCUCACUUCUGUCUCCCUGCACCCAGCACUGUUGGUCCUGGGCAGAUCCUGAUGUAAUGGCAGGUGAGUAGGUGGGUCAGCGAGGGCCCCUUGGGCUGUGCUUUGCCCAUGGCCAUAAUGCUGGGACCUUGCUCACCCACCUGCCCUGCCAUGGUGCUGCUCAGAGUGGAUAGACGGGUUUGGAGGGGAGGAGUGAAGGUGGUACAAACUGGUUUGGGUAGUGGAGGGGGAGGGGGCCAGUGAGGCAGGCCAGGCUGCUCCCACCCCUUCCUGUCCCCACCCAGGUUCUGCCUUGGUAAAAGGACCCCAGGCCCCUUGAGACUGGCCCCCUUUGACUUCUCUGCUCCUGCGAUGGACAAUAGCCAGCCUGGGGUGGGUGAGCUGGAACAGCCUCAGCCCAGGAAGCCCUGGGGCUUUCCCUGCCUUCUACAUGGCUUUUAUUUUGUAAUUUAAGCUCAGCACUGUAAUUAUUAUUAUUUUCUACAAUAAACAGGACUUGUGUACAGGAAA